UUCUUGCCAGGAUUUUUGGCAGGUGCUGUUUUUUUCUCGCUGGUUGUUUUGACCCUGGAGUACACACGAGCACGUGGGCUGUUCGUCUGCGAGGUUCGCCAGACCCGAGGAGCUUGUUGUUCCCCGUGUUUUUAUUUGAGUCGGGGAAGCAGCUGACAAACAGUUGGUGAAACAAGUUGGGCAGGUCUUGGUCCAGGCUGGUAGAGGAGGCGGCUGUUUCUCUUGGGUGCCAGUGUCUGAGUCCCUCUCGGUGUAUGUGUGGUAACAACAUGUCUGUCCCCCUCCUCGCUGAUGCAGUGACUGUCUCAGGGGCAGAGCGGGAGACUGCCGCGGUCAUUUUUUUACAUGGCCUUGGAGACACGGGGCACAGCUGGGCUGAUGCCCUCUCCUCCAUCCGCCUCCCCUACGUGAAAUAUAUUUGCCCUCAUGCGCCCCGGAUCCCAGUGACCCUCAACAUGAAGAUGGUUAUGCCCUCCUGGUUUGACCUGAUGGGGUUGACUCCGGAUGCCCCUGAGGAUGAAGCUGGAAUCAAGAAAGCUGCGGAAAACAUUAAAGCAAUUAUUGAGCAUGAGAUGAAGAACGGGAUCCCACCCAACCGCAUCAUCCUGGGGGGCUUCUCACAGGGCGGUGCGUUGUCGCUGUACACAGCUCUCACCUGCCAGCACCAGCUGGCCGGCAUCGUGGCGCUCAGCUGCUGGCUCCCGCUGCACAAGGCCUUCCCGCAGGCGGCGAAUAACGGCGUGAAUAAGGACAUCGCCAUCCUGCAGUGCCAUGGGGAGAUGGACCCCAUGAUCCCCGUCCGCUUCGGGGCCCUCACUGCUGAGAAGCUGAAAUCUGUCGUCACCCCCACCAAGGUCCAGUUCAAAACCUACCCUGGCGUGAUGCACAGUUCCUGUCCUCAGGAGAUGAUGGCGGUGAAGGAGUUCAUUGAGAAGCUGCUGCCCCGCAUCUAAGUGGAGCCAAUCGAGACUGUCGCAGGGAAGGACGCCGAGGUCGCAGCCACCGAUCUUUCCCCCCGUGACCUGUCCGCUGCAAACGGAAGCCAUGGCACCCCACUGCACCUCCCGCCGCACCCCUGGCCCCCGCCUCUCCCCGUCUCCUCGCACCGCGUCCUCUGCAGCUGGGGGUGCCUCAUCUCUCCCUGCUGCUCUUGGAGCUGAGAUUGGAGCUAAGGCGAGUUUUCGAGUGGCCUUUUCUCUCCUCUUGCUCCGAGCGGUUUCUGUGGGGGUCACCAUCCCCUCGACUCCCCGUUCAGGCACCACAGUGUGUGUGGGUCUGGCGCAGCGCGGGUGAGGUUUUGUUUUUGUUUUUGUUUUUUUUUGUUGGGUUUGGGUUUUUUUGUAACAGUAUUAGGGGUGGGAUGUGUCCCUGUGCGGCGGGAGGAGCGGUGUGGGCACAGGGCAGGGCUGGGGCACCCUCCGGAGCCCUCUGUGGCCCAGAGCAGCCCGUGCUCCUCCUCUGCCCUCGGCCCGGCCUCUCCGCGGCUGCUCUCGGCCUCCACUCAGGCGACUCACGGGUUUUCAAUCAGAGCUCAGGAACCCGGGACUCUCCUGCGAGCACCUCAAGGCCCAGGGGAGAGGCUCUGCUUCGGGCCGGUUCCGCCAAAGGCUGCUCCGUUUCCCGGGUCUGGCAGAAAAACGUCCACACAGCUCCUGCACCUCCUGGCACGGGGCCCCGGCCCCCGCCCUGUCGCACACGCACACUCCCCGUCGGGCUCGCCCCGUGCUCCAGCAGCCUCAGCUGUCGGCUUGGGGCAGCUCUGCCCUCCUUGAGAUAAUCGCUUCCUUCCUCCUUCUCCUCCUCCUCCUCCUCCUCUUCUUGCUUUUACAAUCUCCCAGUGGCGUCUCUCCCUCCCUCGGCCUGGCUCUGUGCCCUCAGAGCCCCAAAGCGCUGCCGUUUACAGCCGGUGUCCGAGCGGCUUUGCCACGGAGCCCGCCCGGCGCUGGCCCGGUCCUUAAUGUCUCUUUUGCUGCUACUUCUCCUUCCCUUUGAACGUGGGCUGGCUCGGGGAGGGAGAGGAGAGGUGAGGAGAGGCCCCCUUGGCCCUCAGGGAGGGCUCCUGGCGCAGCGGAAGGAAGCAGCUUUGCUCCCAGCCAUCAUCUCACCAGCAUCUAACACCCGGGUGCCAUCGCACCCCAUCCUGUGGGGCAGGGCUUCGUGCUCCCCCCCCAGGGGCUGUGGGCUCUGUUGGCCUUUUUCCGUGUACAAUCACAGGUUUCCGCGGAGCCUGCGGCCGAGGCUCGUCCUUCUCGAGCGGGAGCCUGGCUGGGGCACGGGGCCAGUCCCUGGGGAUGGGGCCCCGAAUGUCUCCUCCAGGGGUGGGGUCCCGGCCGCCCCAUCCCCUCCCGCAGGGCCGAGGGCACUCGCUGUUGAGCAGCGCUGCCCUUCUCCUCGCCUCUCCUCCAUGGGCUGAGCCCACAGCACUGUUGGGCCCUUCCGGGGGCUGGAGCUGUACGUGUCUUUAAAAAAAAAACAAAAAACAAAACCAAACAAACAAAC